AGCUCAAACAGAAGCAGCGACUUUUAACUCCGCAACACGAGAUCUGGGGGAAAACUGCUGGGAGGAUCAGGCCAGAGGAAUAUAGCUGUUGAAGCUUCCCUACCUAAUGGGGGGGUUCUGAGAGGAACGACUGUUGUGAGGAAUUUAGGAAUCCACAUUAGGGACGGCACCGGGCUACCUUGCAUGAUAAGAAGUGGAUGGAGAAAUGUGGUGCUACCAAAAACCAGGGUUUGAAUCCCUCCUCCUUGCUGAGCUGCAGAGACAGCAACAGUGCAACCAGUUCUGUGACACUCUGCUCAGUGCAGAAGGUGUUUCCGUGCCGGCACACAGCUGUAUUCUCUCAGCUAUCAGCCCACUCGUCUCCUCCACUCUGUCCUCCACGCCGGCGUCCCUUGCAGGACAGAGUCGUCUCCUGCAGUUUCGGCCUCUCAGCGGCUCCGCCCUGCUCCACAUGGUCAGACUGCUGUACUCCGGAGAGAUGGCAGGGGAGGGUGAGAAGGAGAAGCAAGAGGCUAUUUCUGCUGCAGCCAAGCUGGGCAUCCAUGGGCUGGUGGAGGUCACGAAAAAAGGCCGUAAAAGCAGAAAUGAGGAAGGAGGAGGUCAGCAGCACACAGAGGUGGGAGUUCAGACAGAGCCACAGGAGAUGGAGGGGAGGCGAGGCAAGUGGAGGAGGGAGGUGCGGGAUGGGAGCACUUUUCUGUGGAAAGAGACACAUCCAGAUGUUGAUCAAGACAUGUGGACACAGACAGAGGAGCUACAGGUAAACAUAACUCCCGAUACUCAGUCAGCAGCAUCCGUUGAGACCACUGAAGUGGCUUUAGAACAGACGGACUCCUGUCUUGUUCCCCCUAAAAUUCCCUAUAUUCCCAUAUCCCUCAUCUACCCACCAGACGUAAACCAAACACCCCAACCUUCCUCUGCUCCUGGAGCCUCUGUGCAAGACACCACAGCAGCUGGACACACAUCUGUCUCUGUUGUGGCACCACCGUACGCCUCCGCCCCCCCGUCUCAGCUGCCUUUUUCAACCCAAAUGACACCAUGUGCCACUGACCCUCAGAGCUGGUGGACUGGCCUUCAAGGAGCAGCCAGAGAUGUCGUAGAGGGUGAAGAAUGGGACAACGGUUGGAUCGAGCAGUUCCAGGGCAACAUCCCAGGAUUCAUCAGCUACUUCCUGAAUCCGGACAAGGUGGAGGGCUUAUGCAGGGGGCGAGCCAGGCGGAGGCGGGGUGCAGGGGUGGGAGGUGCCAGGAGAGCUGGGACGGGUGAGAGGCGAGCCCGGAGACCACGAGCAAGAACAGGAGGGAGGGGGAGAGGAGGGUUAAUGCAGACGGUGGAUGUGCAGGAGGUGGGGGUGAGCAAACUGCAGAAGCUGUUCCUGCAGAGGUGGGGGACAAGGACAUCCAGGACAGGUCAGGGCGGAGGAGCUGCAGGCCGGAAGUUGUACGUGAAGACGAGAGAGCUUCUGAUGUCGGCCAAGAGCUAUCAGGGGAGACGGCGGCGCUGCAAAGCGUGGGAGUUCAGCCACAUGUCACAUAGCGAGGGAGGAGGAGGCAACAUGCAGCAUGGAAGGAGGAGCGCAAGGCAGCCGUUUAAACAGGACAGUCUCCUGGUUGGCAUGGACAAAUCAGCAACAUCAGUUUCCUUUUCUUCCACUCCCGUGCAAAUCUACAACAUACAUCAUACCUUACCUGCCUCCAACCCCUCCCUCCAGCCUUCGCCGUCUCCCAUCCUGCAGUCCUCUGCAGCCUCCUACGUGCCUCCAGCACCGUCCCUCCUCCACACCACCUCCCUCCCUCCCCCGGCCCCGCCACCCCACGAGGACCAGCCCGAGCACAUUGAUCGUCUCCUGGAGGAAGUGAUGAUGGGACUUGACAUUUUACCAAAGAACAACAACAGUGGUGUUCCACAUUCUCAGCCUCCUCUUCCAGCUAGUAGCAGCAGUUCUACGCAAGUUGUCGCUGUAGCAAGAGGAGCCAGCGGUGCAAACGGUGAGGUUGCCAUUCUGCAGCAGCAGGGAGAAGGAGAGCUGAACAAGAUACUGGACCACUUCCUCCAGUCGUUUGAGCAACACGUUGACAGCUGUAGUGCCAGGGAAGAGCAACAGAUGGAUGGUGAGAGCUCCACAGAGGCUUACACCGUCCUGAACAAAUACAGGAAAGCCAACACCCUGACCAAAACCCCUCACUUGCCUCAUCUGCAGAAUACGCACAUACCCCGUCCAGUCACACGCUGUCAAACAACUGAACUGCAACGGAGUGAUAAAACUAAAACGCCACCGAGCCGUUCACAGACACGCAGGGCCUCUGCUCACACUGCCGUUGCCCCCAAACAUGCUGAGGGAACAGCAGGGAAAGUCAAAGUGCCCGCCACACGACUGAACAAGAGAAGAAGAAGCCAAUAUCAGUUCUCAUUAGAGAGAAAGGGGAUGAGGGUGAGGAAGCCAGUGUCAACGAGUGACACAAAGACCAAAAUCCUUCACGACCGAGGAGACAAACAGCUCCAGCAGAUGCCUGUGGUGAAACUGGAGAGGAGUGGCCUGCUGCCAGUCAGAGUUACACUUCAGCAACACAGCUGUCAAAGCGUGGAAGUCAAGAGUCCUGCAAAAAGAAAGACCAGGUCAUCAUCAGUGAAAUACCCUUGUGGCAGCUUGUCUGAAAAGAAUCAGCAAGUGCUGUGCUGCACAAAGACCUAUCCAAUCAGGAGCAGGUUUAGAGAAGAACAUGUAAUGAAGAGUUUGCCUUUUCUCGUGGAGCCACUUGUAAGCGAACAACCACCCACGGCAGGCCAAACAGGUUCCAGGCAAGACAGGGCCAAGAAAAACGGACAACUUAUUGGUGUACCACCAAUUCAGCUGCAGCCUGUGGAGCCCUGUGGCAAGAAUGAACAGCUAGAGAAAAACGAAAUCACUGUCCAGCCACGAGAGGAGGCACAGGGACCUAGAAGGACGGGAAGGAAGAGGAGAGCAGACUCAGGGAAGGAGACGAUCGAUGAUGUGGCCAAAAAGGUUUGCUCUGAGCAAAUGGCACAGCCGAGCUCUGAAACAUGCAAACCCAUCUCCGACUCUGCAGACAUCGUCUCUGAACAAGCAACAGCAGAGGCAGAGGACGUGAUCGAUGUGGAGACUGUUUCUUUGUCCAGUGCAGGAGAGUGUUUGCAAAAAGAAGAACAAGAAGAAAAAACCACGUGGAGAGAAAUCAAACUCAGAGAAACAGAGGAAAGUGGCGAGGGCAGCAGUGAUGAGAUAAUCGACGUGGACGGAGACACUGAUGGAACAACUGACCUGGAGAAACGUACAGACGAGGGCAGAGAACAGUCAGAAAACGGCCCCUGCCAGAGCGGAACAGCGGCAAGUCUGUCACGUUUUGUUCCACCUCUUGCACCUUCGGCAAAAGACAUUAGUGCGGGGUCGAAAGGAAGCUGGGAAGACGAGGACAUCGACGUGAUUGGAGGUUCCAGCCCCGUCCCUGAUCCAGUGAUCAUCAGCUGGACAGAGUCUUCAGAAGGUGAGGAAGAGGAUGGAGACGAGGAUGUCGAUGUCGUUGGAGAAAAGACAGACUACUCUUCAUUUGCUACUAUGAAUAGAGGUAAGCUUGACAACAGGAAAUUUAAGACUGAGGUGCUGUUACAUUAGCAUCUGGGCAGAGCAACGCAGUACAAACAAACAUCUAAGUUGGUUUUCUACUCAUCUGCUUCAGUUUGUGUUAUUUUUUGCAUUUCCCAGAAAAUAUCCCUGAAUUUGCUUUAUUUAUGAUGAGUUUCAGAGGCAGG